UGACAUUUAACAAGAAAAAUAAUAACCUUACUCAUCGAGUCAGUUCCUGAAAUUAAAUUUCAAAGCACAAAUCACAAGGCAGUGAUAAAAAAAAUCAAAUUUCUCCUAUAACAGUGUUUUUGAUAGAGUAACUUUUGUGAACCAUGUCGGACCAGAAUGUUGGAUCAGCUCCACCCUCUGCAGCCCCUUCAGCAACCAGCGUGGCUGAAGAACAAAGAUCUGGGAGCCUUGCUGCAGGCUCAGGUGGUACUGGGUCAGAAGAGAAGGUGUAUGGUGGAUGUGAAGGACCCGACGCGAUGUACGUAAAGCUGGUCUCCUCCGACGGCCACGAGUUCAUUGUGAAGAGAGAGCACGCUCUAACGUCUGGCACCAUCAAAGCAAUGUUGAGUGGCCCCGGACAGUUUGCCGAAAAUGAGGCCAACGAAGUUAACUUUAGGGAGAUACCGUCACAUGUCCUGCAAAAGGUAUGCAUGUACUUCACAUACAAGGUCCGUUACACGAACUCUUCAACUGAGAUCCCAGAGUUUCCCAUCGCUCCAGAAAUUGCUCUGGAACUCCUCAUGGCUGCCAAUUUCCUCGACUGUUAGGUAAAUGGUCAAGAAGCAGCAAAGGUGUUAAUGAAAUCUGGCGUAUUUUCUUGGCUACUGACUAGUUAUAAGCUCUAUAGAUUGUUGGACAUAAACAUUCUUAGUCAAAAGGCGAUAUAUUCAAUCUGCCAAGUGGUCCUUGAACUUAUUUAAUAUUACGUAGAAUUAAAGUUGUCGACACUAGUACAGCUAGUUGUCAGUUUCAAGUUAUAAUGGAUAUAAGAAUAUUAAAUAUGAAACCUACACAUGGACCGCAAUUUUUAACUUGGUAGCAGAUAUCAGCAGGCUUACUACAAGUUAAGCUUAAAAAGAUGUAAUUAAUUUAAAUUUUCGUUCAUGUAGGGCCUACAAAUCAUACAUAGAUAUUUGUUUCCAUUAUUGUGAGGUUAUUAUUUUAAAAUGAGUUUUAUUUUACAUACCUUCACACACCUAAAGUAAGGAUUAUAAUUCUGAAACAAAGGCAUCAACAAUUUUAAAUUUUACUGCUUAUAAAUGCCAUGGCAAGAACGCUGUAACCGUAAAAUCAUAAAACAGUAAACACGUUUUAUUAGAUACCGAAGUAAAAAAAACUACGUAAUUAUUAAGCUUUCUUGCUAGAAAUUUAUUUAAAAUUUCGAUCAUUUUUAAUAAAAUAAUGUAUGCUAACUAAUUGAUAAGUAUCAAAUCUAUUUCACCAUUUCUGUACAUUUAAAUAUCUUCUAUUACAGAAGAUAUUAGCGCCAAAAAUUGUCUAACAAAUGAAAUAUUUUAAGUUAAAUCUAUAAGUUCUUAACUAUUUAUUUAUAAAAACAAUGUAACUUCUUAAAAUGAAACUAUUAUAGUUACUAGAUUGUAUUUUUAUUUAGCAAUAUGUAUUUAAUUUAUUUUUUUCCAAAACUGUAUUUAUGUAUGUAUAUCUAUUUCAUUACAUUUCUACUUUCAGAGUAAUAGUCGACUUUGCUUUAAAUCAGCGAAUUUAUUUUGCGUGCCACAUUGCGUUUGUAACUGUUUAUGUAUUUUUUUUUAAUAAAUUGUAAACUUUAUUGA